AUACCGAACUCAUUUAUAAAGAUAGCCAAGCGGAAUUUCACAAGUUUUGUGAUUUUUCCAUAAUGACACAGUGUCGAUGUCUUUGGCCUUGCCUAGGUCUAUUAAUAAUAUUCGUUACCUACGUUCAAUCCCAGGGGCUACAUGUUUGCAAUUCCUCGCGGUUUGUUACGUACCUGAGAACCGUCUACAAGAGUAAAAUGGUACCUUACCAGUCGUACUCCAUGUGGUUUGGUUAUCAAACAAAAACUCGCCCUGAAUGGUCAUAUCAAGAUGAAGUGGCCUAUAGAUAUGUGCCGACAUACGCUUGCUGUCGCGGUUACGAGGGACCCACCCAUGACUGCAAGCCUGUCUGCACUAACAAAUGCCCAUCCAACGCUUUCUGUUCAUCCCCCGAAGUAUGUAGUUGCAACGAGGGCUACAGCGGCACCGAAUGCCAACCAAUUUGUAGUGGAAAUUGUGGCAAGAAUGAAUUUUGCGAGAGUCCCGGAAAGUGCGGCUGCUUAAAUGGCUACCAUAGAAGCACCCCGACCGAAAGCUGUCUGCCUGUUUGCCCCGAGGGAUGUGGAGAUCAUGGAUUCUGUGCCGAGCCUAGGAAAUGUGAAUGUGAACCUGGGUAUAGAAAGCAGGGAAAUGACACCGAUUGCCAGCCAAUUUGCCUACCGGAUUGUGGACUAAACGCAUAUUGCAAAGAGCCAAAUUUGUGCACUUGCCUUGAAGGAUACAUGGAUGAUGGACAAGGCUUGUGCUCACCCAUCUGCCAGGAAGGUUGUGGCUCCAAUAGCCGCUGUGUGAAGCCUGGAGUCUGUGAAUGUGAAGAUGGAUAUGCCGGCAAUGAACGAGGUGUGAACUGCAAACCCGUUUGCAUCAGUUGUCCUGAGAAUGGAAGUUGCUCUAGUCCAAAUGUAUGCACUUGUAAUACCGGCUAUGUGAUGAAAGACAAUCGCUGUGAACCACAUUGCCAGGAAGAUUGCUCGGAUUACGGGCACUGCGUGGCGCCCAAUAAGUGCGAAUGCUACCCUGGCCAUGAGGUCACGGGAUUGGACAACAAGUGCCAGCCCAAAUGCAGUAAUGAAUGUAUCAAUGGCUAUUGCUUUUCCCCGGAACAGUGUGCCUGUAACAAUGGCUACCUGAUGGGCCCCAAUCAAAUCUGUGAGCCGCAGUGCAAGCUUCACUGCGUUAAUGGCAAAUGCACUAGCCCCAAUAAGUGCACCUGUGAUCCAGGAUAUCGCUUUAAGGACGAAUCCGAAACUGUUUGCGAACCGAUCUGCGAAAGCGGCUGCAUGUACGGAGACUGUGUGGCGCCAAAUAUAUGUAUCUGCCACGUGGGCUAUCAGCCAGACAGUCUGAAUCCUACAACUUCCGUUUGCCAGCCCGUCUGUCAGCCAGCCUGCUUAAAUGGCAACUGUAGGGCACCAGGUGAGUGCAGCUGUUGGCCGGGCUAUGAGAAUACCAACGGGAUCUGUGAGCCGCAAUCUACAACAGAAUCAACUCAAUCGACGGAAGACAGCACCACAACUUCUAUAUUUUCGACAACACCUUCAACAAUAUACACACCAUCCUCCGGAAUCUUGCAUCACUCAAAUUGUACUGGGGGCUGUAUGUGCUGGAUCGAGUAUGAUGAUGAGGGUACUUUUAAUACGGCCAAAUGUGCCAAGGUCUGCGUGGAUCCUGAGGACGAACCCUGCCUCAAUUUGGAUAGUUGUCACUGCGAUCUACCGAGUGGUCAACUGGUUUGUAAAGAAGACAGUAGUGAGGAUAAUAGCUUAGAGGAAACCCGCUUCGUCUGCAAAAUGCCGCACAUCAAAAAGGAAAAGUCGGAGGCUGAAGGCAGAGUUCUUCAGGGCAAAACAUCGAGUUCAAAAUGGAUGGUUAUAACGGGAUGCUGUGCCGGAAUUAUCCUUGGUGCGGCAAUUGCAGUUGUGGCCUCCAAGUACUAUCGACGUUCCAACUCCAGGCGAAACAAUGAAGCCGAAGAAGCCAUCUAUGAAAAUGAUUUUGAAUGAUUACAUCUUUUCCCCAAAACUAAUCUAAUCCAAUUAAAACCUAUCCUAUUUUUAUUUACAUAAAUAAAUCAUAAUAAAAUAAUAGCAAGCAACCAUUUAUUUAUAUAAAACAAAAAUUGACGUUGCUUUUUCCAAUUAAUGUUAAUAUUUUGACCGUAGCAGGUUAAACAUUCGCCUUUUAAUGGAAUUUCAUUUAUCUAGAUUUCAGACCAAAUUUUCCAAAGCAAACCCAAAAAUAGUUUGAAUUCGAAAUGUUAUACCUCGUUGAGCUUGUAUUUCAAUUCCCAGCUAAACAUUUAAAUUUUUGGCCAUUUUUCACAAUAUUAGAUGAUGUUUCCACUUUCCAAAAACGCGAUAUUUGGUCGACCCUGAUUUUCCGCCGUAAAAAUCAGUAUAUUUCACAUAGCAAACCCACAAUUAGUUGGAUUUAGUAAAAGUUAUACCUCGUUGAGUUUUGUAUUUUAAUUCCCAAGAAAAAUAUUUAAACCUAGAAAGUACAUUUUUGGUCAUAUUUUGCGAGAUGAUACGAUGUUAUCCUUUUCGCAAAUUGCGGUCUACCCUGAUUUUUCUUAUAGCAUACCUCAUUAAACUCUGAAAUAAAUUUAUAACCAACUGACAUUCAAAGUUAAUAAAGUUCAUUUUUCUUAAAAAAUAUAUAAUGUUAUGAAAUAUAUUAAAUAUUAUUUUAUAAAAUACAAUAUUCCAAUAUACAUUCACAAAAAUUAUUGUUGGUCUCUUAUCUUUGCCUUAGGAUGAUCCAAAUUUGGUAUUUGUCAUAAGCUUAAGAUUGGCCCAAAAUAUUCACAAAAAUCCCUUGAGUCAGCAGGAUUAUUAGUAAAAAGUAUAUAAGUCGAGUUACUCUACAUUUUAUCACAUCCCGAGGUUUUUGCGGUGGAAGGCUGCUCGACAAUAAGAUACCAUAUAAUUAUUUUAAGAAAUAGUGACCAUAUGGGCAAUAUAUAAACUUAUAAUCAACCCUUUUUUAUAUUUUACGACUUUAACAAUGUAGCACUCAUAUUAAUAUAAUAAAUCAAAAAUAAAUAAAUAAUAUUGCUAAAAGUA